CGGGUCUGCGUGACGUCAGCGCGCAGGCCAGCGUGCUGGUAUAAAUAGCCGCGGCGGCCCGGUUGAGAAGCGACGGUGGAGGUGAGGGAGUCGGAGUCGGAGUGGGGGCUGUGACCGUGACCGGGGUAACUGCUGGCGUCCUGCUCACCGCUAAGACCAAGAUGAACCCAACACACGCCCAAGGUGGGGAAACUACCAACAUCCAAUUCAAGGAUUCGUUAACUAACUGUAUGCAGGCCAAACGAGAUCUGGAAAUGGCCAUUAAUACCAUCAUUCAGGCCGACCAAGAAAUGAAAGCAAAUAGUCAUGAGGUAAAAUUUCAAAUUCAUAGUUGUAUCAGCCGUCACAUGGAGUGCCUGCGGAGUAGAGAGGUUUGUCUCUUGGAGCAGAUUGACCUUGUUCAACAGCUGAAAGAAGAAUCCUUGCACCAACAAAUUCAGCAGCUUUACUGGCUGCUUGGCCAGUUCAAUUGCCUUAUUCAUCAAUUGGAAUAUCCCCAGAAUAACCAGCCAAUUAAUCAAAUUACAGCCUGCCUGGAGAGAUUGAAGGACCUGACCCUAAAACCAGAGGAAUCUCCCGACCUGAAUUUUGAAGCCGAUAUCCCUUCACUCCGCCAAGCCAUCACAAGCUUCGGGGCCAUCAAAACUCUGGGUUCAGAAAGAGAUUGCAGGAACUCUUGCACCAUGGCAGCUGACCUGGAUUACUGCUUAAUACCAAUGCUGACAAAGAAGGCAAUCCCCAAUGGAAACGAGUGCCCGCUCGCUGACUGGCUGCGCAGCCCCCCUGCUGUGCGGAUGCCAUUCAUUAACAUGCAAGAUCGGCCACUCAAGCAGCCCAGCCAGGGUUCAUCGACAAACAUGAGGGCUUGGGAAUGUCAACAGGGCCUUGAUCACUGGCUGUGUUCCAGUAACCAAAAGAACACCCUAACUGAGAACGUCAUGACUCAACAAUCCACUCAAACCACCACCAGCUGUAACCUGGGACCAAAGGACCCCGGCUAUUAUAGAGACCAGGCCUGGGGUAAACGGCAGGGCCUGGAGCACUGGCUGCUUCCCAACAAGCAGAAGAAUGAUGCAACGGAGAAAGCAACUGUACGACAAUACUUUAAUUCAACCCGUGAGAACCACACUGACAUGAAUUACUACAGGCUGCAGGCGUGGGGGCAUCGUCAGAGCCUUGAGCAGUGGCUCAUCCCUGUUGAGAAGAAAUCUGAUCCUUCCAAGGAAGCUCCUGUUUGUGAGCGUAUUGAGUCGUCCAGUAGUUCGUCCACCUUUGAGCUAGUAGAGCAAUUUGACAUGGAGGUCGUGGACAAAGAGGAGAAAGAGCAGAAGCCACCUAAUGCAAAGACGGGUGGCUCCAAUGUGAAGCAUGCACGUGUAGAGAAAAUGAGCGACAACAGCAGCGAUAAAGGCAAGUGGAAAUCCAUAACCCAGCCAUUCAGAGAGAGGUUUAUUGCCAGCGAGUGGCUUUUGAAGUCCAAGUCUGAAUCCUGCAUUAGUUGCUGUGGAGUUCAAACAAAAGCCAUCGAAAUCGAAAAUCUUGGGAAGCUGAAGUGCCUGAGUGAGCACCAGAAUGCCAAGAAGUUGCCACCAGCGUCACCGAAUGAAGCACGGCACCUUCAGCAGUCAAUGCUGCCAAUUCAAGUUGCCGACGUGUGCAAGGCUAACGAGCCCUGCAGCAGCUUCUCUGCGUGUGUGUGUGGACGGAGCUGCGAGAAGGAAGCCAUCAACGAGUGGCUACUCAAGCAAGGAGGGAAGGACAAGAAUGGAGUGCAGACGGGCCAGCCGAACAAAGGCAUCACAGCGCCAGACAAGAGCGAGUUAGACCAGUGGUUGCACCCCCUGACAAAAUCGGCAAGAGAGCCACUACCCCUGGAGUCUUCUGUCAACGUUCCCGUGAAGUCACUAGAAUAUCUGAAGUCAAACACACCAGUCACCACGCCCAUGAAUCUGGAUAAGUGGAUGCACAAAAUCCCCGCCGGUCCUGAGAAGGGAGCAGAGCUUGAAGUGGAAAAUAAAUUUUUGUUGCGCAAGAAAGCACAAGGACUGAAUGGUAUUCCUGAAGUGACCAAUCUUUUCUCUAAUCUAAGUUUUUCUGUUGGUCAGGAGAAGAUUCCAGGAAAGGAUCAAUCCAAAUUAUUUGAGGAUCUGUUUUCACCUUAUAAGGAGCCCUUUGUUCCAGAGAAAUGGCUAUUCAAAGGUUCUUGCCAGCUUUGAACAAUUGGCGUCACAGAUGAAUUGGCUGACUUGCGUCAGCUACAUUUACCACCUGAAAUUCUGCUGAAUUAAUUCCUUGCUUCUGCCUUGAAGACCACUCUUGUGUUCAAAUCCUUUGUGUGUGAGUUGUACUGUGAAACUGAGUGGCGUCAACAUGCUAUGGAAAUCAUUAUUGAGAUUCCUUCAUUCCCACCCCUCCUCCCAACGGUGACCACUUUCAAUCCAAGCAUCACGCAACUUGUCUCAUUGCUAACACCCUCCAAGACAGAUUAUAGCUACAGGUGAGGUGAAUUAGGUUCAUUAGAUUUGACCUGUAUUGGAGGAUUUCUAGUCGAUUUAGUUAGCAGUACUACUGGUUAUACGGUGUUAGAAAAGGGAGUGGUGAAUUAAAUCGACACGUUAAUCCCUACUGGAAACUUAAGCCUCGUUGCUUUGCAUUAGGCAUUUGAAUUGUUACAGCAGGUGCUGGAAUCAGAGAACAGAGUGCACCAGUCUGUAUUGACAGGCCAAGUCUAAAUUUAACAUUUCAUCAAGCAAUGGAUCAAGCAAAGUUCCAUCCUUGGAUUGAUGUCCCCUGACACUAGCUUUGUCAAAAACAAUUCAAUGUAAUCUUUAACAACGUAAUUGGUGCUAUUCAGUAUUAUUUUAGCACUAAUGGAUAAAUUAUCAGUUGCACCCAGCGAGGAAGGAGAGGAAAAACUUAUCUCUUGCAUUGUUGGAACCAACCAACCAAUUGAUCUACUGCAGUGGUUCUUAACCUGGGGGUCGUUUGGGGCUUUGUCACGGGGUCAUGAAGGGGACAUAAAUAACAUACCAAUUUGUUGAGCCCAUGUUUAGGAAUCUAACAAAGGUACAUACCACAUUCAUUAUUUUGUUUGCAUAUGCGCAUACUGGUGCCAAAAAGGUUAAGAACCACUGAUCUAUUGGUUUCACCGAGACCAGUCAUGAUCUGCCUACAUGCUUAGCAUUUACAUUGCAUUUGACAUCUCCAGUUCAGUGUGAGGCCUCUUUUAGGUGCUGUUUGCUCCUGAUGAUUAGAUUAGGACUCUUGCAUAAAGAGACUGGAAAGGCUCUGGGUGGAUCUGUCAAUAUGCCGAGGACGAAUGAAUGGAUGUGCUUGAUGGUGAUGGAAGGCACAGCUCUGCUGCCUUGCCAUAGACCAGUGGAAUGUGAAAGGAUCAGGCUGCCAUGAGGGCAUCAACAUCGCUGGUCUUGAGAAAACUCACCAUCAGUGGGCAUGUCCUUUUUAUAACUCAUUCAGUUUUUAAUGAAAUCCUUCCCAAUUUCAGUAUAAUGAUCAACUUUUCUCUUUCCCCACAUUAGUUCACUUUGCUGAUGGCAUUAUGUUUUAAUUUAAAUUGUAAAGAUCUGGGUAAUUAUCAAGUCCUUCAAUUACAGUGAUGUGACUUUAGGGGAUUCUCCAAGCCUUUCUGGUCCCCAAGUAUUAGCUUCUUUGUUGUAAUCAGUUUCAUUAUUGUGACCACAACUGCUUUUGUGUAAUCAAAAUAAAUGGAAGCUACACUAAGUUACAUUUAUUUUCUUCUCCAUUGAAAAUCUACCUUGACAUUGCUUCAGCAAUCAUUCUUAUUUAUGGAUUUUGUUUCUAAAUGUAAUCAUCUUAAUAAAAUGCUGCAGCAAAA